AUGGUCGGCGCCUUCGAUCAAGUCAUGGAGCCGCUGUCAGCCGUGGAGCUCAAACUGCAAGCCUGCCCAGAAUGUAACUGCGAGAGCAUCACGCUGCUUGCACAGCGGCCACCACCUCUCGAGCCGUAUGCAUUUGCAAUGCGUAUCCCAAAGCCCAAUCAGCCGCUGCGCGAGAGAGCACUCGAAUUGCUUACAGCACGAGCCGUGACCAUUGCCGCGGCCAUCAUCGGCACCGCGCACGUCAGCCUCGUCUGUGAGUUUGAUGAGACGUUCCAGGCAUUUGGCGCCUUCUUUCACAGCAACCCAAAACUUGCGGCGCACCUGAAGCAAUACGGCCAGGAGUUCAAGGUGAGUCGCGCGCAACUGGACGACGUGCCAUCCGUAAUGCGCUCGCUGCCAUUCAUACCAGCAUCCGCGGCCCACAGCAAACACGACAACUCCACCGCAGCAGCAGCCGGCGCCAGCGGCAAUCUUGCCGACCGCGACGUCUAUAUCGGCGUGGACUAUGGCCGGUCUGACGUCAAGUGUGCGGCGGUCGACGUUGACGGCACGGAGCUGGCCACAUACGUCACGCGCUGGUGGCGCGCGCCGGGGCGUCUCGCGGAUGCGGAUGCGUGUGCUGCUGCGGUGCCGGUGCCGGUGGAGGAGGGAUCACGGGAGUAUGUGGAUCCGGCGAUGUUGACGACCAUCGAGGCGCCGCUGCGCUGCAUGGGUGAGGCGGCCAUCGAGGUGAUAGGCAAGGCGGCAGCAGCAGCCGCAACUGCUGCUGCUGCUGCUGCUGCUGCUGCUGCAAAGGACGGCGAGAGCGAGAGCGCAGCAGCAGCAGCAGGCGGCGGCAGCGGCACUAUUCGAGUGUGCGGCCUCGGCCUCUCCGCGGCGGGAUGCGUGAUCGACGGCAAGCUCUGUGGGCUGCCGCCCGCGUUUGCCGGGUGCGAUCCGACCGCCGCCGCACCCACCCUUAGAGUGCUCGAGAAGGCGUUGUGGCGGUUUGUGGCGAGGCACGUCUCCGCGCGUGUUGAAGGGGCGCGCGUUGAUGGGGCGCCGACGGCGGCAGUGACGAUGGUCGCACCGGGUGAUGCAAAGACGUUUCUCGUGAAUGACGGCGACGCAUCCGCGCUCUGGGGCAGCAAGGGCCUUGCCAGCGCCGAGGGUGAGAAUGCCACGGCCAUUGGGCUCUAUUUGUCAUGUGGCACGGGCCUCGCUGGCGGGGUAGUCAACGCGAGGGGCGAGCGGUGCAGUGGGGGCGUCUUCGAGAUGGGUAAGCUGAUCGUCGGCCUGCCGAGACCCCCAUCUGUCCGAAGUGUCGAGGGUGCCAGUGCAGGCGUCGGCGCUGGUGCUGCUGCUGGGGCUACCGCCGCGACGACAGCCAUGGCCCUGCCCACACACGACACGCUCGGCGUGGCCGGGGCGGCGCAGGGCAUGGCGGGCACGCAGCGCUCCUUCUUCCAUCUGCUCGCGGCGCGCGGUGGCGCGCGGAUCGAGGGCAAGGCCGAGCAGCGCUCUGCGAUCGUGGCCAUGCAGUCGAGGCCGCUGGACGCCGCGGUGCGGACCAUGUUCGAGCAGCUGGGCACCUCGCUCGCGCAGUUCGUGACGGAGCUGGGCGCGUACCUGCCGUUCCAGCUGACGCACGUCGAGGUGGGGGGCAAGCUGACGGACGCGGCGAGCGGCGAGGUGAUGCUCACGCGGGCGGGGCGGUACCUCGCGCCGUAUGGCAUCAGCGUGCGCCGGGCCAACGAGUCGGAGUUUGGGCAGGCGCUUGCGAUGGCGGAGUGCGCGCGAGAUGCGCCCGUGGGUGGUGUGGAAUAA